CAAAUGCACCCCUUUUCUCAAUUCCCAUCAUCAUCCACCAUCAAUCCCCACUGCUUCUGCUGCGCAUCGGUAUCGUCGACGACCCUGCGUGCCCACAACAGGUGACAUCGGGCAAUUAAUUCAUGCUACGCUUUGUUCCCUCGUCCCUCGUAGCCUUGACCAGCCCCCAAGUCGUACUCGGCAUCAGGAGACGCCAGCGCGCGCCGCUUUGGGCCCAUCUUCACCUACCAUCCCAUCUCGCGCAUCCACCACCCACCCCCAUCAUGGUCAGCAAGCGCAAACGGUCAUCGGAAUCCGCCGCAGGGCAGCAGCAGCAACAGGGUCAAUCUCGGCCCCGUCAGCGCACCGCGGUGCCUUUACCAUCAUCGUCCACGAUCGCCCCGGCAGAGCCACCACAGCCACCGCGCCGUCAGGCAUCCCGUAGAAACGCUGCUGCAGUGACAGAUCCCAAUGCCAAUCCAGAUAUCGUUGAUGGCAUAUCCUCAUUACGGGCUUCGCCUGAUGCUGUCCCACCACCACCCAAACUCCGCAAGAAUGCCGCCGCUGCCGCCAAGCCUGGUACCACUCCCUCUCAGUCAGUAGGGCACGUCCCCACAUCUUCACGACGCGGCCGCACCAAAGGAGUCACUACCCAGCCACCAUCAGACGCGAAUGAUGCACCUGUGCCAGGAACAUCCAAGACGGCUGUGGCUGGUCUUGAUCCUCCUGCGGUGCCUGACAACGGGAAGCAUGUGAAAGUACAUGCCGCAAAGGCCACGGCGCAAACCGUUCAGAAUGGCAUCGCACCACCACCACCAUCUGGGAGUGCCUUGGAGGAAACCGUGGGGGUGACAGCCAACCCUGAUGACAACGGGGGCGAGGAUCAGGGUGACGAACCUUACGAGGAUGUCGCAGAAGCGCUAUCGCGACCACCUCCUAUCAAUUCUGACUAUUUGCCCCUUCCAUGGAAAGGACGCUUGGGAUAUGCAUGCCUCAACACCUAUUUGCGCAAUGCCACCCCGCCUGUAUUCAGCUCCAGAACCUGUCGAAUCGCCAGCAUUUUGGAGCACCGACACCCUCUCAAGGACCCCUCGCAGCCCGAACACCCGACCAAGAACCGCCCGGAUAAAGACCAGCCUGCUGAUGUCGUGCGGGGUCAAAAGUACGUCGAGGAGCUGGGCUUAGCCAAUGCGCGUGACGUGACCAAGAUGCUGCGGUGGAAUGACAGAUACGGGAUCAAGUUCAUGCGAUUGAGUAGUGAAAUGUUCCCCUUUGCUAGCCAUGCAGAGUACGGUUACAAGCUGGCCCCCUUUGCCGCAGAAACCCUUGCAGAGGUAGGUAAAGUAGUCAAUGAGUUGGGCCACCGCGUUACCACGCAUCCAGGCCAGUUCACUCAACUUGGUUCGCCACGUAAGUCCGUCAUUGAUGCGGCAUUUUUGGAUCUUGCCUAUCAUGCAGAGAUGCUUUCACUUUUGAAGCUGUCACCUCAGCAAGACCGAGAUGCUGUUAUGAUUCUGCACCUCGGGGGCGCCUUUGGUGACAAGCCUGCCACCCUUGAUCGGUUCCGAGAGAACUAUUCCAAACUACCACAGGGCGUGAAAGACCGCCUUGUACUUGAGAAUGACGAUGUAGUAUGGUCUGUGCAUGAACUUUUGCCAUUGUGUCAGGAGCUUAACAUUCCUUUUGUUCUCGACUUUCACCAUCACAAUAUAGUUUUUGAUUCAACCAAGAUUCGAGAGGGUACCAAGGACAUCGUAGAACUCUUUCCGCAAAUCCUCGAAACAUGGUCAAAGAAAGGCAAGACGCCCAAGAUGCACUAUUCCGAACCACGCCCAGAGGCCAUCACCGGCCGAGAUCGUCGAAAGCAUUCACCUCGCGUCAUGACCUUCCCACCAUGCCCUGAUACUAUGGACCUUAUGAUCGAAGCAAAAGACAAGGAGCAGGCUGUCUUUGAACUCAUGCGCACAUUCAAGCUACCCGGCUUUGACACCUUCAGCGACAUCACCCCCCAUGUUCGACCAGAUGAAAACAAACCGUUCAAGCCCAAGCCGAAAAAAGCAGCCAAGAAAGGCAAAAAGAAACAGACAGAUGACCUCGAGGACGUCGAGAUGAAGAUCGAAGAAGCAGAAGAGGAUCAAAAGCCUCCUCCGCUCAUCCCUGAAGACGAAGUCGGCAUGGGUGGGCCAGAAGGGAGGGUGUACUGGCCUCCAGGCAUGGAAGACUGGCUGCGACCCCCGAAACGUGUGAUCAAGAAGAAGGAUGACGGCGCCACCACACCCGCAAAGAACAAAACUAAGAAGCAGGCAGCCGCUGCAGACGAUGCAUCCGUCGAUGGUGGUGGCGAGACUACCACCACACCUGUCAAAAAGCCCACUCCCAAGAAACGCGCCGCCCCGGCUAAGAAGAAAGCUCCGAAAGCUGUCCCCACACCGAGCCCAUCGGAGGAUGAAGAAGAAGAUAGCUCCCCGCUCAGCGACCUGAGCGAUGGUGAUGGCGCGGAGGCUGCUCGGCCAGCUAAGCGGCCUGCCCCGACGCGACAGCGAUCAGGCCGCACUAGCCAAAGGGUAAGCUACAAAGAAGAGGACGUGGAUGAAAUGAGCAUGUAG